AUGCAACCCACCCGAAGAAGCUCUCGAUUGUCAGAGAAAGAAAAAGCUAUUCCGGAUCUCUCCUCUGCUGGUCCGUCUGGAUCUUCCCGCAAACGUAUCCGGAAACAACGUCGAAAGAUGACUCCGCCACCGUCUUCUCCGCCUGCUGCAUAUACAUCUACCGACGACGAGGUUGAAGCUUUUCAACUCAAAGAGCCACGUUAUCAAGCAAGCUGUGCGAUCUUCCAAGCACGAAAUCAAGAAAACCCCGAACUACUUCGUUCCCACAUCACUCCGUUUUCGAGUCGUUUUGUCACCAGCAAUUCAGUUGAGAGGUAUGAAAAAUUGGCUUCACGUGAGUUUGUGAUUCAACAGAGGAUCGAUGUGACUGACGAGAACUUGCUCGAUGUGAAACGGGUGGUAGUUAGGUCAGGGUUGAUCUACACUCUGAUUGAUAGUGACUUAUUUCAUCCAAAUAUUGUGAAAGAGUUUAUUGCCAAUUUGGGUGCGGCUGAGAAUAGAGGAGAUGGUGUUGCUGUGUUUCUUCGUGGGUCUAUGGUUGAAUUCUCGCCUAGCUUGAUUAAUGCUCUGUAUUUGAUCCCUGGCUUUGAAGAAGAUCCUGACUACUUGGCAGUAGACAUUGAUCGAGUGUGCUCGUUCCUGACGGAUAAUCGUGUGCGACGUUCGGAAGCCAUGAGCUCUAAGUAUCUGACCCCGACGAAUCAAGUCCUCUAUAAGCUGGUGUGCUCAAAUUGGAUUCCCACCACCAACUACACGUCAAUGAACCAGGAACGACUCAAGUUUCUCUACAUGCUUCAUCAUCACAGAAGCUUUGAUUUUGGUCAGAUGGUCUAUGAUCAAAUCAUCAGCUUUGCAGCUAACAUCAGCACUGACAGGUCUCAGAGAGUCAUUUUCCCUACAUUGAUUCAGCAAGUGAUUGACUAUCAACGGACAGUGCUGUCAUUCGAAGAUGAUGAAGAGUAUACCGGGUAUCCUAAGCUGGUGGUCAAAGACAUCAAGGCAGGCAGAGGCCAAGGGGGUAACUCUAGUGCCGCUGAUCUUCUGGCUGACAUCGAGCGAACCAUAGAUGAUCUUAAAAGCAUUCGGAUUCGCUUGAGGAGUAAGGGAGUAGGGGAGAAUAUCCACAGUAUCCUCGUCGGACUCAACAGGAUGAGCAGGAAGAUGAAGUGGAACCGGACAGUGAAGAAAGUGAAAGUUUCUAAUGAGUGA